AUGGCUCGUGAUCGCUGGCUUCAUCAUCUGGACUACUUGAUAACGCUAGUCGGUUACAGCGUUGGUGCCGGGACCUUUCUGAAGUUCCCGUACCUGUGUAUGCGAAAUGGUGGGGGUGCUUUCCUCAUACUCUUCAUGCUGUUUACCGUCAUCGGCGCCAUUCCCUGUGUGUUUGUGGAGAUGGUGAUUGGCCAGUUCUCUCAGAGUGGCCCUGUCACAGUGUGGAACAUGUGUCCUCCGUUUAAAGGGAUAGGACUAGGGACAGUGGUCAUCUCAUGGACAUACGCUACCUACAACUCAGCUAUAUUUGCCUGGUACCUGUACUACUUCUUCGAUUCCUUCUCGACAUACCUCCCAUGGACGCUUUGCAGCAAUGACUGGAACACGGCCACCUGUGUAACCCAUGACACACACAUCGGCGACGUCAACAACACCAUCUCAACAAACAUCACCGUCGGGGGCAUGACAGCUGCAGAGGAAUAUUGGAGGUUCAAGGUGCUGGACAUAACCGAAGGUUUAGAGAAUCUUGCUGGGAUGAGAUGGCCGCUGAUUGUGUACGUCACCGUGGGUGUUCCAUACUUGCUGAACACGAUCUUCCUGAUCCGAGGCUGCCUGCUACCAGGAUCUGCUGAAGGAAUAUACUAUUAUAUAUACCCUGAUUUUGAGAUGCUCCAGGAUCCGAAGAUAUGGAUGGAGGCAUGUGCUUACUCCUUCUACUCCAUGGGGAUCGGCAUGGGCUGCAUAAUCACACUGUCUGGACACAACAACUUCAAGAACAACUGUUUCAGGGACUCUAUAGCCAUGUGCCUUACGGACGCUCUCACUACUAUCUUCGUGGGGUUUUCUGUCUUUGGUAUCAUUGGUCACGUAGCCUAUAUACGUGGACUUGAUGUGGAAGCGUUCCAGUCAUCAGGGUUCAACCUAGCCUUCAUCGUGUACCCCGAGGCUGUGGCGGCGCUCCCAUGUCCACAGUUGUGGUCCGCACUGACCUUUCUCAUGUUGAUGUCCUUGUUGAUUGACACACUGGUUAUUUUCACCUUCUCUCUCUACUCGUACCGACCUCCUCAGUACGCUGAGUACGUCUACCCCACCUGGGCCACCGUCGUGGGCUGGAUGAUUUCCAUGGCCUCCAUCCUUCCCUUCCCCGUCUUCUUUGUUUGGACAGUGUACCACACAAGCGGAACCACGGUCGUAGAGAAACUUGAAAAGGCGAUCCGUCCAAACAAGAAAUGGGGUAGCCGAAUACAAACUGAUUACGAGAAUCAGGACGUUAACUUCCCAACCAUGCUGCAGGAGAGUUUGUGA